ACGCUUGAUCCUACAUAAUCAAAACUCAAUUUCCUAUAGUAUACCACAAUUCGAAUUAAGAUUUACGCUCAAUUAUAUUUUUAAAAUUUUCCAUGAAUUAAUCAAAAUUUAAUUUUUGAAGUCGAUUUUUAAAUCUGAUGCCUCUUAAAAAGAAUCGUCUUAGUUAAUAGAUUUCUUUUCUAACUUUCUUCUCUCCUUUUUUCACAUCUUUUGAUUAUUGUUUGUUCACAUGAGGUUCUAGGAUCAUCAAAAUUUGAUUGAUAUUUUGUAAAGAUAAUUCACAGUGGAGGAAAGGAGGAAACUCGGAGUACAUCUGAAUAUGAUGGGGUUACAUCACGAUCUAAAAUAUGUACAGAAUCCUUCUUCCGGGAUUACCAAUCAAAUCAUGAAAGAUCUUGCAGAAGGGCCAUUACAUAUGGUUCAGCCCUUAAAUGGAUAUGUCGUAAAUGAUUACAAGUUUCAGACUGAAGAAGAUGGAUCAAAUAAAUCUAUGAUGAAUAGUAGUGUAUGCAUCAAGGGCUCUAGCUAUAGUGCAGAUAAUAUCGAUUACUAUGGUCGAUUGAUAGAGAUUUUGCAACUAGAGUAUAAUGCAUUACCAUUCAAGCGAACCGUGUUAUUUAAGUGUUCUUGGUUUGAUCCGACCCCAAAGCAUGGUACAAGAGUGCAUCCACAGUAUAAUCUUGUUGAUGUUAACAAGAGAAGACUGUUUAACAAAUAUGAACCAUUUAUUAUGAUUGUGCAAGCAUCUUAGGUGUAUUGUAAAAUGUAUCCUACUGUAAAAAAGACAAUGAGUGAAUGGUAAGCCGUUUGCCCAAUAAAGGCACGCUCUGUUGUAGAUGUUCCAAAAAAGUAGAGCAACCUCAUACAUUGUGAUCCAGCUACAUGGAGGAGGGAAAGGUGGAGGAGAAAGAAUAGGAUGAGGAUGAGGAUGAGGAUGAGGAUGAGGAUGAGGACGUGGACGAGAACGGGGACCGGGAUGAUGAUGAUGAUGAUGAUGAUGAUGAUGAUGAUGAUGAUGAUGACGACGA